AUGAGUGCGGACGGCGAAUAUAUCUCCACGAGCUACAACAUGAGAAAUAACUCAAAAGCCUCCUUCUGGGAGCAGAGGACGCGGCUCGAAAAGCGACUUAUUUUGGCUGUUGUGUUGGUUGCAGUCCUUGCAAUUGCCUUCUUCGCAGCCUUUCUAGCCACCAUUAUGAUAAAGACUUCCACGGAUAUCAAUGAUGCACCACAGACCAGCGAACUUCGAGUUUCAGAUUCCUUCCCCCCAACGGUUAUUGCGAAGGCGGAUGACGCAAAGGUUUGCAAGGAUGCCGACUGUGUCCACACAGCAUCAAAACUACUCUUAAACAUGGACGAACAAUCGGAACCGUGUGACGAUUUCUACGAGUUCGCGUGCGGUUCUUUCGUCAAGAACACCAGGAUCCCAGACGACAAGACUUCAGUGAACACCUUCUCCAUCAUCACGGACCAACUUCAGGAACAGAUCAGGAGUCUUCUGGAUGCUCCUAUUACAACCGACGAGCCACGCCCCUUUGCGCUCGCGAAAACCCUGUACCAGGCUUGUAUGAACCGAACUGCUAUCGAAGCUCGUGGUAUUCAACCGUUGCUGGAUAUGCUGCGACGUCUCGGCGGCUGGCCCGUACUUGAUGGUGAUAAUUGGGACGAAAGAUCCUUCUCGUGGGAGGAGUCAGUGUACCGCUUCAGACAUGCCGGAUACUCCGUAGACUACUUCUUAGACUUCUCUAUUAGUGUUGACGUCAAGAAUUCUACCAACCGCAUCAUUGAUUUGGAUCAAGCUUCUCUCGGACUUAGCCGUGAAUACCUGAACCGUGGCUUCAAAGACAAGCUGGUGCAAGCCUACUACGAGUACAUGGUGGACAUAGCUACACUUCUGGGAGCUGACAGAGCUAGAGCCGAAGUUGAAUUAAAAGACUCCUUGCAGUUCGAAAUUAACCUAGCAAAUAUAUCAUUACCUCUGGAGAAACGCCGUAAUGCAACAAGUCUGUACAACCCGAUGACAAUAUCUGAACUUCAACAGAAAUUCCCUAAGAUCCCAUGGUUGACAUACGUGAAUAAACUUUUGGCUCCUCAUGUGCAAGUGGGCCUGGAUGAAAUCGCCAUUGUCAAUGUGCCGAAAUAUCUGACAGAUCUUGAGGUUCUCCUAGAAAAGACUCCCAAACGCGUGCAAGCAAACUAUGUUAUGUGGCGUGUUGCUGGUGCGUCGGUCUCCUACUUGACUGAGGAGUUGAGGCGAAGGCAACUGGCGUACGUCACCGCUCUAUCAGGGAAGACAGAGAGAGAGAGCCGCUGGAAAGAGUGUGCUGAUACCACUAGUGCGAGUAUGUCCAUAGCAGUGGGGGCGCUGUACAUUAGAAAAUACUUUAAUGAGAAGUCAAAAUCUAAGGCUUUGGAGAUGGUCGAUGAUAUAAGGCAACAGUUCGGCAAGACGCUAUCAGAAGUCGACUGGAUGGACAGUAUGACGCGUCAGGCAGCUCUGGACAAGGCACAGGCUAUGGCAUCUCACAUCGCCUACCCCAACGAGUUACUGGACAACGACAAACUGACGCAGUUCUAUUCAGGCUUGGAAAUGUCAUCUGACAAAUUGAUGGAGUCUGUCCUCAACCUGACACUCUUUGGCACCGAGUACCUCUUCAGCAAGCUCCGGGAACCAGUGAACAAGACCGACUGGGUUACCCACGGUCGUCCAGCUAUUGUCAACGCCUUCUACUCUUCGAUUGAGAAUAGUAUACAAUUCCCCGCUGGUAUCCUCCAAGGCACCUUCUUCUCUGCAAAGCGACCAGCAUAUAUGAACUAUGGAGCUAUUGGCUUCGUUAUUGGACACGAAAUCACUCAUGGCUUUGAUGAUCAGGGACGACAAUUCGACAAGAACGGCAAUCUAGUGGACUGGUGGCAAGAGAUGACCAAACAAAAGUACUUGGAGAAGGCCAAGUGCAUCAUCGACCAGUACUCAAAUUAUACUGUUAAGGAAGUGGGCAUGAAGUUGAACGGCGUAAACACACAAGGAGAGAACAUUGCUGACAACGGCGGUAUCAAGGAAGCUUACUAUGCAUACGAAGCUUGGACUAAACGGCACGGAGAGGAGAUGCGAUUGCCAGGCUUAGAAAAGUACUCUCCUAGACAGAUGUUUUGGCUAAGCGCUGCAAACACGUGGUGUUCUGUGUAUCGGAACGAGGCUAUAAAGAUGCGAAUUACAACCGGCUUCCACGCCCCAGGUCGCUUCAGAGUACUAGGUCCACUAUCGAAUAUGGACGAGUUCGCGAAAGAUUUCAACUGUCCCCCAGGAUCUCCUAUGAACCCGCAGAAGAAGUGCAAGGUUUGGUAG